GCUGAAGGGAAUGAAAGAGGAACAGUCAUAUCCUGCAGCUUCCUGGCUUUUCUUUCCUUCUCCUCCCACCUCUUUUCUGUCGCGCCUGCGUAUAAUGUUGCUGCAGGGGCCUUGCGGAAUAAUGAUCCUGGUGCAGCUGCGUAAGGGGGAAAGGAUUGCAAGACGGAGAGAUGCUGCCAAAUAGUGAGCUGUUUCAUAUUACAGGUGACAUCACUGUCUAUGGUGUGGGUGUCUCCCUGAUCCAUUUCCAUUUCUGUCUGCUAAUAUUCUAUGGACCCAGCUGACCAGGUGCAGGUGAAGAUUACAUACACACAUUUCUUUAAUCUGUGAAAUCCUGUCUGACCUCCAAACUGGCGAUGUCAAGGGUACCGAGUCCUCCUCCUCCGGCAGAGAUGUCAAGUGGACCUGUUGCAGAGAGCUGGUGUUACACUCAAAUUAAAGUGGUCAAAUUUUCCUACAUGUGGACCAUCAACAACUUCAGCUUUUGUCGGGAGGAAAUGGGCGAGGUCAUCAAAAGUUCAACAUUUUCAUCAGGAGCUAAUGAUAAAUUGAAAUGGUGUUUGCGUGUGAACCCAAAGGGCUUGGAUGAAGAAAGUAAAGAUUAUCUUUCACUCUACCUGUUACUGGUCAGCUGUCCAAAGAGUGAAGUCCGAGCCAAAUUCAAGUUCUCCAUUCUGAAUGCAAAAGGAGAAGAAACAAAAGCAAUGGAGAGCCAGAGAGCCUAUCGGUUUGUGCAAGGCAAAGACUGGGGAUUCAAGAAAUUUAUUAGAAGAGAUUUUCUUCUGGAUGAGGCGAAUGGGCUCCUUCCAGAUGACAAGCUCACUCUCUUCUGUGAGGUGAGUGUAGUACAGGACUCUGUCAAUAUCUCCGGCCAGAAUUCCAUGAACAUGGUGAAGGUACCUGAAUGCCGCUUGGCUGAUGAGUUGGGAGGCCUCUGGGAAAACUCUCGCUUCACGGACUGCUGCCUGUGUGUAGCAGGACAGGAGUUCCAAGCUCACAAAGCCAUAUUAGCAGCACGUUCUCCAGUUUUCAGUGCAAUGUUUGAACAUGAGAUGGAAGAGAGUAAAAAGAAUCGAGUUGAAAUCAAUGAUGUGGAACCUGAAGUUUUUAAAGAAAUGAUGUGCUUCAUUUACACGGGGAAGGCACCUAACCUGGACAAAAUGGCUGACGAUCUGCUUGCAGCUGCUGACAAGUACGCUCUGGAACGCUUGAAAGUGAUGUGUGAGGAUGCUUUGUGCAGCAAUCUGUCUGUGGAGAAUGCAGCAGAGAUCCUAAUACUGGCUGAUCUACACAGUGCUGACCAGCUAAAAACUCAGGCAGUUGACUUCAUAAACUACCAUGCUUCUGAUGUCAUGGAGACUUCAGGCUGGAAGUCGAUGGUCGUGUCUCACCCUCAUUUGGUGGCAGAGGCAUAUCGUUCACUGGCCUCUGCACAGUGUCCCUUUCUGGGACCCCCACGCAAACGGCUGAAGCAAUCCUAAGGCUGGCUCCCCCACUGCACAAUCCUCUGUCUCUGGUUUUUUUUAAAAAAAAAUGAAGUAGCAACAGAAGCAGUUGCUUCUCCAAACUUGACCACCAGGUAGACAAUGCAACCUGUGGAGCUUUUUACUUUGUUGUGGGUGGGCUGGGGUGGGUUGGGUUGGGGGGAAGAGUGCUUUGGGACAUGCAGACUUUUAAACAAAACAAAAACAGCACCAAGUAAACUUUGGGGCAAACAGGGGAUAGACUUUGGGUAAAGGGGACUGUUCAGCCUUCUGUUGCUGCAUUGUCUGUGUGUUUUCCUUUGACUGGCUGAGUCAAGAACUUACGGGGUUGGCCAGGCAUCCAAUUCCACCAUGUUAAAUGGAAUUUAAGGUGAUAAAAGACAACAAGAGGCUUCUUCAUCUGACAGCACAAAAGAAGAAGUUGGGCAUGCUUGGAGCAAAGAGGACAUUCUCCUUUGUUUGGGGAAUCAUCCGGGGAAUGGGGGAAGUGAGUUGGUCAUGGCAAAACAAAUCCCAUGAAUGGGGGCAUCAGUGGAAUUUCUGUUGAAAGACUUUUGAAAGAAGGAGAGACCUUCCGACCCGACUGACAUUCUGCAUUUACCGUCCAGCUAUGAUGAGAUGAUUGCUCUUCUUGGUAGCACUUGUACAUGAAUUGGGGGGGAAAAAAGAGAGAAACGAGUGAAGACAGCUUGUCAAAAUGGCAGCUUCUUAAAAGUGCUGAUGAAGGGACUGCUUGAGGAUAUACUUUCUGGAAGACGUGGAUAGGAUGGAGGCAGCCAUUAUCAGCUUUCAGGAACCGUUGAGGUUCUUCUUGGUUUGGAAUGAGUUAUCCAAGAACAAUGGUUAACUGUUUAGAUAUCGUGGGAGCUUUGUUCUUCUGGUACCUCUUUUCCUUGCUUCGUUUUUUUGUUCUCAACUCCUGUGAUUCCUCCUCCACCCACAAACCUUUUUCUUUGUUUCGUUUUUUAAAGAAAUUUUAUUGUUCAUGAA